AUGCUUCGUUCGGUGCGAAUUGCCGGGCCCGCAGCCCGCGGCACUGCGACUGCCAACGUGCCGAGGACCGUUCUGCGGCCGCUGAUGAGCACAUGUGCGGGCGCGUCCACUGCGACCAAGGCCAUUGCGUCAUAUGCCGGCGCUCGCCCCGCGCUGCUGGGCCGGUCCGCUGCUCAGCAGUUCAGACAGUUCCACGCCAGCAUCGCCAGGAUGGAGGAGCAGAAGCCCAAGACCAGAAUCGAGACCGAUGCCUUCGGUGAGAUCGAGGUGCCCGCCGACAAGUACUGGGGCGCGCAGACCCAGCGCUCCUUGACCAACUUUAAGAUCAACCAGCCGCAGGAUCGCAUGCCCGCGCCUAUCAUCCGUGCCUUUGGCAUUCUGAAGGGCGCCGCGGCGACGGUCAACAUGCGCUAUGGCCUUGACCCUACCAUCGGCAAGGCCAUCCAGCAGGCGGCUCAAGAGGUCGCCGACCUCAAGCUGAUCGACCACUUCCCUCUGGUCGUCUGGCAGACCGGCUCGGGCACUCAGUCCAACAUGAACGCCAACGAGGUCAUCAGCAACCGUGCCAUCGAGAUCCUGGGCGGCGUCAUGGGCUCCAAGAAGCCGGUGCACCCCAAUGACCACGUCAACCGUUCUGCCUCGUCCAACGAUACCUUCCCGACUGUCAUGCAUAUCGCUGCCGUUCUGGAGAUUGAAGGCGAAUUGCUGCCGGCCCUGCGCAGCCUGCGCAACGCCCUGCAGGCUAAGGUCGACGAGUUCGCCGCCAAGAACAUCAUCAAGAUCGGCCGCACCCAUCUGCAGGAUGCUACCCCGCUGACCCUGGCUCAGGAGUUCAGCGGCUACGUGGCCCAGCUUGACUUUGGCAUCAAGCGCGUCGAGUCUGCCCUCCCUGACCUGCGUCUGCUUGCUCAGGGUGGCACGGCCGUCGGUACGGGCAUCAACACGUACGAGGGCUUCGCCGAGCAGAUCGCCGAGGAGGUCACCAAGAUGACCGGCACUCAGUUCUACACUGCCCCGAAUAAGUUCGAAGCGCUGGCUGCCCACGAUGCCGUGGUCCAGGCGCACGGCGCGCUCAACACGCUGGCCGCGUCGCUAACCAAGAUCGCCCAGGAUAUCCGCUACCUGGGCAGCGGCCCGCGCUGCGGUCUGGGCGAGCUUCUGCUGCCGGAGAACGAACCGGGCAGCUCUAUAAUGCCGGGCAAGGUCAACCCGACCCAGUGCGAGGCUCUGACCAUGGUGUGCGCCCAGGUCAUGGGCAACCACGUUGCUUGCACCAUUGGUGGCAUGAACGGCCAGUUCGAGCUGAACGUGUACAAGCCGCUCAUCAUCCGCAACCUGCUGCACAGCAUCCGGCUGCUGGCGGACGGCAUGCGCAGCUUUGAGAAGAACCUGGUUGUUGGUCUGCAGGCUAACGAGGAGAAGAUUGCCAGCAUCAUGAAGGAGUCUCUGAUGCUCGUCACCUGCCUCAACCCCAAGAUCGGCUACGACAUGGCCAGCAAGGUCGCCAAGAACGCCCACAAGAAGGGCAUUACCCUCAAGGAGUCGGCCCUUGAGCUCAAGGCUCUGACUGAGGAGGAGUUUGAUACUCUUGUCCGGCCCGAGCUGAUGAUUGGCCCCAAGCCGUACAAGCCUUAA